AUGAAUUCCCUUUUCUUGUCAACUCCGCGCUGUACCUUUUCACAAUACAGAGCAGAGACCUAUGAUUCUCUGCGGUAUCACAUCAAUCGACUCCAGGGGAUUCUCAGCGCCACAGAAACAGAUUUACAGCAAACCAAAGGUAAACUUGAGGAAGCCCGUGCCGCAGCCCAGCGUGACCGCGACGUGAUUCGCAAGAUGGAGAAUCGAAUUGCCGAGCUAGAAGACACCGUUAGCAAGCAGAAGUCAACAAUAAGCACCCAGAGCAAAACGAUUUCUUCCACCGUAAAGUCCCAGCAUCGCGCUCUGUCUUUCAGCUUCACCACUCCGCAGCACCAUUGGACGAACGGCCAGGAAGCGACUCGCGUCUCCCGUUAUCAACACGUCUUUAAUAACCCGCCUCCGAAAUUUGGGCUGGGGGAUCCAGUCACCCCUAUCUCUGCAGGAAAUCAGGCUACUAAUGCCACAAGUGGCGCCAGUUCUACUGCAAAAUCUACUAACAUGUCCGCGAUCGAUCGUCUGAAUGCGUUUGUACCCCCUAUCGGGCCCAAGGCUGCUGCGGAGGAGAAAGCCAUUCCCAUAUCCUCCCUGCCCAGGAACCCGCCGGAAGGUAUGAUGAUCAUGGAGGAGACCAACUUGAGUGCCAUGGACUUUGGCUACAAGUUUCAUUCCCUAUUCCAGAAAUCAGAGGCAUUUGGACAGCUGUAUAUCAACUCAUCAAGCGAGCAUCCAGAUAACGCGAUUGAUUCUGACACCAUGGCGCACCUGAUUCUGGCUUCCCAUCCAGACUCAGUAUCAGGCCUUCUGGCAGAUCCAACGACGCGCUUCGUUCUCCUGGUCAAAGCGAUCAACGUUUUUCUCAUCAGCAAGGUUCUUCGCAUGGGUGUCGUUAUCGGCUUCGAUUCCACUGCAGACUCUGAGAUCGGCCAGAUGAUGUCGCUCUUGUAUCCAGACGCCCCCACCACGGUCCGUGCCCUCCUCUACGAAGCCAUGCGCCGCCAAGUCAACCGCAUCCGCAACAAACCCCUCUUCACAAACUUCUACAACAAGCGUAAAAACGAGCACGCAACGGCUCUCUUCCGCCUCCUCUCGCCCCUCGUGCAGCGCAACCACCCAAAAAUCUGGACCGACUUCGUCGCCAUCAUCGAAGAAGCGCACAAUCUCGCCCUGACCAUGUUCUCCGGCCCGUACGAGUUCCAGCUCCACUGCGCGGAAGUCGGCGACCUGUUCGACGCGCAUUCGAUGUUCAAUCGCGAUGCGACGCUGGUUCGCAGCGGCUGCGUUGGCGAUUCGCAGACGCUGAUGAGGAAAUGCCACCGCGUGAAGCUGGGCGUUACGCCGACGAUUUGGUUUCGGAAUAAUUCUGUACCGAUGAAUGAACCGAUGCAGAUUGUCAAUAUGGGCCAUGUUAUGCUUUCGCCGAUGGCGGUGAAUGGUAGGACGAACUGCUGCUGCUGCUACUGCUGCAUUAAGCUGUGGGGUCUCGAAUUUUGUCGGCCAUCCUCUGAGAUCUUCGGUUCUGUGGAAUGGAUGUGUUAUUUGGCAACUUAUCCUUAGAUCGGAUCUGGAGCCAGCUUGGAGUACCUGGUUAGAUGUGUCGAAGAGUUGGUCCCGUCUUAAAGGAGUAUUGUGGUGCAUGGGGAUUUGGUUUUUUUUCUUUUUUUCCUCCGUCGUUUUUUGUUCGAUAUUUUUUCAUUUUAUGCCUCCUUGUCUCUGCCAGACUCGCAGGAAUUGGUCUCUUCGUUCAUUGCAAAUAAGGAUUCGACAUGGACGUAGUUUUCCAUCUGUAUUCGCCGUUGGUGUGCUAAUAUUUCAGGUCUACCCCUUUGCUUAGGUAUUUCAUUCUGCUCUUCUUUCUUCUGGUUAUCAUUUUGAGGUCUGAUAUUUCGAGCCCAAGGCUGCUAGUAGCGAUGUAUGAUGAUGGAGCUAUUCCCCGACUAAUGUGUUCACCGUUUCCCCCGCUUGGGUUGGAUGCCUUUUCCCCUGUUAUGAUCAAGCCAUGAUUUUUCAUGCUCAGCCUGACUGGCGCAAAUGUUUGUACAGCACCAUUUGAAAUCGAGUUGCAGUAAUUCGAGUC